CACAUAUUAACUAAUGAACACGUAAGUGAUGAAGUUUAUCCCUAUGCAAUACACUAGUGUGCUCACUGAAUCACCAAUCACCAGCCAUGGAAAAGGUUGACCAAGCUUUCAUCCAAUACCCACAACACAGGCCAAAUCUCACUAUCAUCCAACCUGAACACAUUCCCAUAAUAGACCUCUCUCCAAUAACCAACCACACAGUUUCACAUCCAUCUCCCAUUGAAGGCUUGGUGAAGGAGAUAGGAAAUGCAUGCAAAGAGUGGGGAUUCUUCCAAGUUAUCAACCAUGGGGUGUCCCUCACUCUAAGGCAAAACAUUGAGAAAGCCUCAAAAUUGUUCUUUGCUCAGAGUUUAGAAGAGAAGAGGAAGGUUAGCAGAGAUGAGAGUUCUCCCAUGGGUUAUUAUGACACAGAGCACACAAAAAACAUUAGGGACUGGAAAGAAGUGUUUGAUUUUCUAGCCAAAGACCCUACUUUUGUUCCUCUCACUUCGGAUGAACAUGAUAAUCGUCUCACUCAAUGGACUAAUCCAUCCCCUCAAUACCCUCCACACUUCAGGGAUAUAAUUAAAGAGUAUGUUGAAGAGAUGGAAAAGCUGUCCUUUAAGUUGAUGGAGCUUAUAGCUUUGAAUUUAGGCCUUGAGGCAAAGAGGUUUGAGGAAUUUUUCAUCAAAGAUCAGACUAGCUUUCUUAGACUCAACUACUAUCCUCCAUGCCCUUACCCUCACCUUGCCCUUGGUGUUGGUCGACAUAAGGACUCUGGUCCCUUAACCAUUCUUGCACAAGAUGAAGUUGGAGGACUUGAAGUGAGACCUAAAGCAGAUCAAGACUGGAUAAGAGUGAAACCUAUUCCAAAUGCUUAUAUUAUCAACCUUGGUGAUAUGAUUCAGGUUUGGAGCAAUGAUGCCUAUGAGAGUGUGGAACACAGAGUGGUGGUCAACUCUGAGAAAGCAAGGUUUUCCAUUCCAUUCUUCCUCUUCCCUGCACAUGACACUGUAGUCAAGCCUUUGGAGGAGCUAAUAAAUGAGCAAAACCCUUCAAAAUUUAGGCCAUACAAAUGGGGCAAGUUUCUUGUCCACAGACUGGAUAGCAAUUUCAAGAAACAAAAUGCGGAGAAUGUUCAAACUUAUCAUUAUAAGAUAAGAGAGUAGUAUAUUAGCAACACCAUUUAGCUUAUGCUUACAAAUUACAUUGGUAUGUAGCAGCGUUGAUCCAAGACAACAUUACUGAUGCAAAUGACUGAAAUCUAAUUUGCUGCUAAAUUUCCUGGUGUGCAUUAUGUAUGCAAGGAUCACUGAAUAAAAGAGCUAAAGUACCAUUUAUCAUGUUUAUCUCAA